GCAUGAGGCUUCUCCAAGCAGCUGCAAAUAGUGUCUUCAACGAGAUGGUUUCCACCAUGCCUCGAGGCUCGCGUGACCUCCAUACUAUGUUGGAACCUCUCAUGCCGGCCCUCACUGAUCGCCUGUCGGACCCCAACAAGCGCUGUCAGGAAGCUACCAGGAAUGCCAUCCUGGCUAUUGCUGUCAACGUCGGCCCCUCUUUCGCCACUCAUCAUGUGUUAAAGAUUACUUCUCGUCGCGGUGGUACCAGAGCUGCUACGGCUUCCUCGCUCCUACCCAAUAAGGCGCUCUCAGCCCGUUGUGACGUCCUGCAGGCUGUUAUUGAUACCUGUGGUCUCAUGGGCACAGAUGGAGGAGCGUCUGACCACGCACAUGGAAACAGCAGCUUUACUGCACCCGUGCUUUUGAGUAUGGCAUUUGAUCUCCUCAAGCAGUGCCCGGCUUCAGAGGUUCGCUCGUCUGCUGUCUCUUUGGCAGCUAAGGUUUGCAGCCUCGUUGGCCGAGAUGCGAUAAAGCCGUUCAUAAAGAGUAUUGAGAGGCAGUCACAACGGGAGGCUAUCGAGUCGGAAAUAGAUCGGAUACUCCACGGCCGACGGGCGAGCAAUAGCAAGAGUGUCGGCAGGACCUCAGGAGCACAGCGGAGACUUCAAACCAAUGAUAGUCAGCCCGACUCUGCCAAGGAGCCCCCAGCGGCCGUCGUAUGUCAAUUCUGUGGAUACUCGGACCCCGAGUUCGCCCUCCAGAGUGACCUUCUGGAUUUCCACUAUUGGCGGGAUUGUCCCAGCCUGACACAAUGCUACGGCUGCGGACAGGUGGUGGAGCUCGCUGGCCUUGCAGAGCAUCGAGCGGUCGAAUGUGAAGCCUCGGCUCAGACAUGAUAAUUAGG